AUGGAUUUCACUAUGGAGUACGAUCAUGUAGGGGAUGUAAUGCGUUUUUUCGACGUGCCAUCACUUAUGACCAGCAUUUCACCUGCCGACGUGGAGGGCACUGCCUUGUCGAUAGAAGUGACAGCGAGAUGCGCAUGUCGUGCUUGUCGUUUAGCGAAAUGCAUAGCUGUGGGAAUGGAUAAAAAGGCUGUUCAACCUAAACGUGAUGGUCCCUCAUCUGCAAAUGGAAACCAUCAAGAUCGCAAUUCGGGUAAUUACAAUUCUGAUACGGAAGGAGAGCGACAACACAGAGGAAAUGGAACUAUCACCCCAAAACAAGAGGCUGACCAAGCAAAUCAUAUUGUAAGUCCAUGCUCCGCAUUUAGUCAUGUUGUCAGCACACCCACAAAUGAUGCAACGAAGUCAUUUCUACCAUCAAUGCCUCCCAGUCCAUCACCUAGUAGCGGUCUGAUUGCUAGGCAGUGUUACGAUUUUGAAGACCAGAAAAGACGACGAUGGGCCAUGCUUUGUCGCUCACUGGAGGAAAUACUCAUAACUGACUCUGAUUCUACGUUGCGUGAAAUGGCAUCUGCAGAAGACUACGCAGCUUUGUUCCAAGUACAAAUGGUUUUGAUGUUCGAAUGGGUUGAAAAAUUGCCAGAAUUUUGCCUUCUUUUAGAUCCCUUAGAUAAGACUAAACUUUUACGUGCCUUUGCCCUACGCUACCUUUUACUGGAUAACGUUUUUCACACCAUGGAACUUGGAUAUGAGGAUAGAAUAGUGCUUGUGAAUAAUAACUAUAUGAAACCAUUCGAAACCCCUCCUAUACCCCAGAACGACUUAGCAGAUGAAAAAAGAGUUGAGCUCAUGAUGUAUGGUACCGAGGCGCAAGCAUUACUCGACGAUCUAGUCAUACCUAUGAAACGUAUGGCUUUGAAAGUGGGUGAAAUGAUGACCUUACGAAUGAUUAUGUUCUGGAAUCCUGGAAAUGUCGGAUUAACGCCUAAUGGUAUCGAAAUUGCACGAACUGCGUCGAACAAUGCAGUCAAAGAGCUUCAUCAGUAUUUUGAAGGGGAAGGCAUAACUGAUGUGGAACAUCGAAUUGGCAAUCUUCUACUCCUUUUGCCUGCCUUUACCAAACAUGUGCGGUACCUGUAUGAAUUGGUGAAACUUAUUCCUUCGUUUGGCAAAAUGAAUGAAUGGGACUCAUUUAUGGACGUCCUUCUGAAUGGUUUAUGA